CGCUCCUCCAGUCUCUCUCUCUUCCGCCAUGCCUCGGUUGCUCCGUCUCGCCCUGUUCGUUCCAGCUGCCGUACUGCCCCAUGGCUGAUGCUACUUGCUUGUUCUCACCCUGUUCCAGUUUCGCAUGAUUCACUUCGACCUUUCACUUCAUCAAAUCAUUAGCGACCAUUAUUUCCGGAGCAAAAAAAAAAGAUGGUUUUUUGUCGUUCCUUCUGCGGAUUGCUUUAUUUUCUUCGCUUCACCCACUAUUUGUGGGAAUAGUUUCCGAACCGAAUCUGUGUCAACGAACUGCUGCUGCUUCUUGAUUGAGGGGGGUGCUCUCGAUGUUGUCUCAACAAUCCUCUGAAUUUCUCUGCUGGUACAGAGAUUUGUUUGUUUGGGUUCAAAAAAUAUUUAAUCCUUUCAACAACAGAAAAUAUUUACUCCACCGACUGUGCUUCAUUGUACCGUGCAUCGAUGGUACAGAGAUUUCUCUGCUGUGGUCUUUCUUCCUCGCCGGGUAACGCCGCGGUCCUUGCCCAUGCGCUUGACCUGGGACUGGGAGUGGGAGGUCAAAAAAUUCCAGGAACUGUCCUACCAAUUACCAGUACGAAAAAAAUCACAGCAGCCACCCACCACCAAUUCACCGUACGGUCGGAUAAAUGCACAGCAACCACAACCAAUUCACCGUACUUCAGUGAGGGAUUCGGCAUGGAGGACGGUGUGUUCUGCGGCGUGUUCGACGGGCACGGCCGCUGCGGGCAGCUGGUCAGCAAGCUGGCGAGGGACCACCUCCCCUUCAUGAUCCUGAGCCAGCGGAACGCGCUGCUCCUGGGCUCCGACGACGACGGCGACGGCCCGGCCUUCAGCGACGCAUCGCCCGCGGCGUCGUCGUCCACGGACGGCAGCCGCAGCGAGCGGUCGUCGCCGGCGCCGGCGCAGAUGCUGGAGGAGUGGCGGGAGGCCUGCGCCAACGCGUUCGAGGCCAUGGACAGGGAGCUCGGGGUCCAGGCUAAGGUGGACUGCGACUUCAGCGGCACCACGGCCGUGUGCGCCAUCAAGCAGGGGGAGGACCUCGUCGUCGCCAACCUCGGCGACUCCAGGGCCGUGCUGGCGACCGUGUCGGAGACGGGCUACCUGAAGGCCGUGCAGCUCACCACCGACCAGAAGCCCAACGUGCCUCAGGAGGCUGAGCGCAUCAAGCGCUGCAACGGGCGCGUGUUCGCGCUCAAGGACGAGGCGUCGGUGCCUCGCGUGUGGCUGCCCGACGAGGACUGCCCGGGCCUGGCCAUGGCGCGGUCGCUGGGCGACCACCGCCUCAAGCGGCACGGCGUGGUGUCGGAGCCGGAGGUGGCGCACCGCCGCGUCGCGCCGGGGGACCUGUUCCUCGUCCUGGCCACGGACGGCGUGUGGGACGUGCUCAGCAACCAGGAGGUGGUGUCCAUCGUCUGCGCCACGCCAAGGAAGCAGCACGCCUCCAAGGCCGUCGCCCAGGCCGCGGCGCAGCGCUGGCGGACCAGGUACCCGGCGUCCCGCGUCGACGACUGCUCCGCCGCCUGCCUCUUCCUGCGGGACCAGGACUGGGCCACCAGCGUCGCCGCCGCGCCCAAGGCGAAGGCGGCCGCUAGCCGCUAGUGCUACUGUGCUAGUGCCAGACGGCGGACGGAGCUUGAUCCGGCGACAAGCCCGCCGGCGUAGCCCUCGUCGCGCCCUGCCGUCCGUCGCUCUUGCUCUACUGAUGUGCCGCAACGGCGGUUGUUAGUGUACCGGGAGUGUAAUUAAGUGCUGUAACAUAGUGUUAAUUAAGAAGAUCUGGUGUUUUUUUGGAACAAGGAGAUGAGGAGAGAAAAAAAGGCGGGGUAAUUUCUCAGAUUUGACUACUCAUAGUUAUCAGUGAUCAGCUGACCAUGCAUGACAUGGCGUCGGAGGACGCAAAUCGCUGGCGGGAACGCCAUCUGUACUCUGUGGGGACAUGAAAGAGGUUACCACGUGAAGCGGAGCCUUGUUACCAGCUCCGCUCAAGUACCUUUUUUGUCGAUAUAAA